AUGCCGGCCAUUCUGGUGGCCACUAAGAUGAAGUCUGGACUGCCAAAACCGGUGCACAGCGCUCUCCCCAUCCCACAACUCCCCACCCGAGCUGUGGCCCCCCAGCCCUGCUCCCUUAAGCCUCACCACAACACAAACAUCCCCCUCAGGAACCAUGGAGGGGGCGCACCAGCAAAAAACAAUUUAACACAGCACAGCCGAGCAGACACACAGAUUUACACGGAUUGGGCGAAUCACUAUUUGGCCAAGUCAGGACACAAACGACUCAUCAAAGACCUGCAGCAGGAUGUCUCUGACGGGGUCCUAUUGGCGGAGAUCAUUCAAGUUGUAGCCAAUGAGAAGAUUGAAGACAUCAAUGGAUGCCCCAAGAGUCGUUCUCAGAUGAUUGAGAACAUUGAUGCUUGUCUGAGCUUUUUGGCAGCCAAAGGAGUGAACAUACAGGGACUGUCAGCAGAAGAGAUACGUAAUGGGAAUCUGAAGGCGAUUUUGGGGCUUUUCUUCAGCUUGUCCCGAUAUAAACAGCAGCAGCAGCAGGCCCACAAACAGCCAUCCCACUCCCCCUUAACCCAGCAGAGCAGUGCCCCCGCUCAGCUCACAGCCUCGCAUGGGACGUCUGCCCUCACACACUCUCAGCCCCACACAGCAGCCUCACACACACAGAAAGCACAGACAGAGAUGCAGUCCAGACUCCCUGGCCCCACCACGAGAAUGUCCACUGCGGGCAGUGAGAGUUCUCCUCGGGGGUCCAUCAGUUCGGCAGGAAACCGCCGCAGUCAGGCUUUCAGUGACAAACCCAAAGCCCUCCCAGCACUGGCCAAAGAGUCAUCAGAGGGCGUCUCCUCCCAGGCUCCAGGAAUGACCGAACAUACCGCCUCUUCCCUGGCUACCGUCAGCACCUCCAUUAGCACCAGCACCAUCACAACAUCAACCACCCCUUCAUCCUCUUCCUCAUCAGCCAUCCCACAUCCCAACUCCAGCAACAAGCCCUGGAGGACCAAGGCCCAGAGCAGCAAGCACACAGCUACCUCCACCAUGCUCGCUGGGAAUCAGGAGACUCCAAACAAACAGCCCACUCCAGCUGAGCCCCCUCCCAAAGCUCUGCCCCAGAAGUCCAUGCUGGAGAAGCUGAAGCUGUUUAAUAGUAAAGGAGGCUCCAAGUCCUCUUCCCAGACUGAGGUGGCUGUGAGCACAGCAGCAGGACAGGACCCUGUUGUUGUACUGGAGAAAGUGGAGGCUGGUUCCAACACUGAUCCCCUAGAGGAGAUGGAGGGUAACGCCCGACCCACGAAUGGCACAAAUACUGUCACUAUGACAACCAGCAGCCCAAAGAUUGCCUUGAAGGGCAUUGCCCAGCGAACUUUUAGCCGAGCCCUGACCACAAAAAAGAGCUCGACGAAGAGCACAGACAAGGAGAAAGAGAAAGACCGCGUCAAGGAGAAGGAGAGAGACAGAGGGAAAGAUGGAUCCAAACGCACGCCCGUCUCUGAGAAAGCGGAGGUCAGGGAGGAACCUAAGGAAGAAUCAGGAGGGGGAGGCGCGGCCGCGACAGAGACGGAACCUAAACGGACUUCUAAGAUUGCCAGUCUCAUACCUAAAGGGGGUAAAGCAGGAAGUACCAAAAAAGAGAGCUCCACCCCUAUGCACAGUGGCAUUCCAAAGCCAGGGAGUAAAAGCUCUGGAGUUGGGACAGGGAAAAGCUCAGGACCCCUCACCAACAAGGACAACGAAAGGCCGCGCAGCAUGCGACUGGGCGGGGGACUGGGUCUGCACAGAGACAGCAGGCACUCCUCAUCUUCCUCCAGUCUGGCGUCCACAGAGGGAAAGGCUCACCAGACCCACAGCUCCGCCUCAGUGGCUAACGCGGGCGCUACACAGUCCACGGCCAGCAACACAGUCAGCGUUCAGCUGCCGCAACCCCAGCAACAGUACAGCCACCCCAACACUGCCACGGUGGCUCCCUUCAUGUACAGGUCACAGACUGAGGGGGAAGGGGCACUAACCACAGAGACGGGAUCAGGAGGACGGAGCGGAGACUCACCAAGCCUCAGCAAGAUCAGCCAGGGUUCCAUUGAGGAGCUGUCAGGUGAAGACCCUGAGACAAGACGACUGAGGACAGUUAAAAACAUCGCAGACCUCCGACAGAAUCUGGAAGAAACCAUGUCCAGUUUGCGGGGGACACAAAUCACACACAGCACUUUGGAGACGACCUUUGACGGCAGUGUUACCACAGAGGUAAGCGGGCGAAGUAUCUUGGGUCUGGCGUCCCGCCCUACGCCACUCUCGUGGAGAAUGGGCCAGUCGAGUCCACGGCUACAGGCGGGCGACGCUCCGUCCGUGGGAAACUGCUACCCGUCGCGGGGUGGCGUGGGUACGGGCCAAGGUAGAUACCUGUACCAAGCCCCCCUGCGCAGACAGCUGGCAGCACGGGGCAGUGCCCUCUGCAGCCUGGAGCUGGGCGACCGCGUGGAGGACCUGGAGCUGACGAGCAUGGACGUGACCGGAUACAUGAGUGAUGGCGACGUACUGGGCAAGAACACACGCACGGAUGAAGUCACCAGUGGCUACAUGACUGACGGUGGGCUGAGUCUGUACACACGGCGGCUUAACCGUUUACCAGAUGGUAUGGCAGUGGUGCGUGAGAGCCUCCACAGGAAUGCGUCUACCGGACAAGGAGAUGCUGAGAGUUGGGAUGAUAGCAGUUCUGUCAGCAGUGGGAUCAGUGACACUAUUGACACUGAUGACAUCAACACAAGUUCCUCCAUCAGUUCCUAUGCCAACACACCGGCCGCGUCACGCAAGGCCCUGAACGGGCAAACAGAUACUGAGAAACGCUCUGCAGCUGAACGGAACUCCGCCUGGUCCAGCGACGAGGUGAAAAGAUCUGACGGGGGUUCGGACAGCGGUGUCAAAAUGGAUCCCAGCUCAAAAUGGCGACGGAAUCCCUCAGACGUUUCGGACGAAUCUGACAAGAGCGUGUCCGGUCGCAAGACUACGGCGAUCUCACAGACGGGCUCCUGGAGGCGAGGCAUGAGCGCUCAAGUGGGCGUUACCACACCUAGGACCAAAAACACAACAGUUACCCCUGGGUCUGGCACACUCAAAACCCAGGGAACAGGUAAAACAGAUGAUGCUAAAGUAUCAGAGAGGGGUCAUAUGUCCCCCCGCUCCAAUGGGAUCCAUCGCUCACCCUCUGACGCUGGUCGUAGUAGCGGGGAUGAGGGAAAGAAAGCCCCCUCCAGUGCAACCCGCAUGCCCACCAGUACCUUUGGCUUUAAGAAACAAAACCCCAUAACUGGUGCUUCCAUGGUCACCACCUCCAGCUACACCAUGGUGACAGCCAGCGGUGCCACCAUCACUAGCGGCUCUGCGACCCUGGGGAAGAUUCCCAAGUCUGCCGGCCUAGUGGUGGGUAGUCGGGGAUCUGGGUUGAAGGGAACUGUGGAUGGAGCUUUACCUCCUCAGGAGGAUGGUUACCUCUCUCCCAGCGCACGCUCUGCCCUGCAGUACCGCAGCCUCCCACGGCCCACCCGCUCUGGAGCGGCUGCACGCAAUGGAAACCGCUCUUCAACCAGCAGCAUCGAGUCUGGCCUGAGCAACCGCGCUCCAGCCCUCACUUCAGUCACCGGUAACAAAACCCGUGACACCGCCCCCAAAACCAAUGGCAGCUCCCCAGCCAAUCAGACCGAUGGUGAAAAGGGUGUGGCCACGGAGAUUGACAACCUGAGGGCCAGUCCUAUUGGCUCAAGUGGAGGAGCAGCCACCAUUCCCCAGACAGCAAGACAAAGCAGCAAAUACUCAGAAGUCUCCUCACCCACACUACGCAGGUUGUUUGGUGGUAAGGCUGCUAAACAAGCUCCUGUGACCACAGCAGAAAAUAUGAAGAACUCAAUGGUUAUCUCCAACCCUCACGCCACGGUGGGUCACACUCAGUCAGGACCAGGAGGACCUCUGGACUCACCCUCGACGGUGCCUGGCAGCGGGGGCAGCAGCCCUCUGUAUGGGGGUCGUGGAGUGGGCACAGCAGGCAGUGAGCAGGCCUCCAGUCCAGGGUCGGUAUAUUCUACCGGAACAGGAACCUGGGGAACCACCAUCAGCAGCUCCUCAGCACUGGGAUACCCAUCUGUCAGCAGCAUGCAUACCAGCAGCGAAUCCAUCGACCUCUCUCUGGGAAGCGGGCAUCACCGUGACGACAUCCACACCGCACUGACACGUACAGGAAGUGCCAAGACAGGCAUGUCUGAGAGCCCUCUCUCCUCCCCUUCUGCUAGUCCCAAAUUCAGCCGCAACACGUUGCCAAGGAAACAGGACAGUGAUCCAUACAGUGAUAGAAACACGCUGCCUAAGAAGGGAUUCAGAUAUGCCCCCUCUGCCCAGCUCCGCGCCCACGAGGAGGCCAGGGAUUGGCUCCGUUCUCACUCUGCUGGUGGGCUCCAGGAUUCAGCCAGUAAUUCUCCCUUUUCCACUGGCUCCAGUCUGACUUCACCCUCAGGCACAUGCACACGCUUCAACUUCUCUCAGCUGGCCAGCCCUACCACAGCUGCACAGAUUAACCUUUCCAGCCUACGUAACAACAGCCUGACCAAUCAGGACAACCCGCUGGACACCUGCGGCGAUUCUCGUCUGAGAAACUCUUGCAUGUCAUUGGAUGAGAAGACUCGCACCAUGAGCCGAUCGGGAUCAUUUAGAGAUGGUUUUGAGGAAGUUCAUGGCUCCUCCCUCUCCCUGGUGUCCAGUACCUCCUCCAUCUACUCAACGAAUGAAGAGAAAUCUCAGUCAGAGAUUCGAAAACUGCGGAGAGAAUUGGAUGCUUCCCAGGAAAAAGUGUCUGCACUGACAACACAACUCUCUGCCAAUGCUCACCUAGUUGCUGCUUUUGAACAGAGUUUGGCAAACAUGACCAUUCGACUGAAGAGCCUCACUAUGACUGCUGAGCAGAAAGACUCUGAGCUGAAUGAGCUGAGGAAGACCAUUGAGUUGCUGAAGAAGCAGAACGCUGUGGCCCAGGCAGCUAUUAAUGGAGUGAUAAACACACCUGAGCUCACCUGCAAGUCUGAGCGCACAGCCCCUGUGCCAGACCUGCGCAUGCGCAGACAGCACUCCUCGGACAGUGUGUCCAGCAUCACCAGUGCCACCAGUCACUCCAGUUUGGGCAGCAACAUGGACAACCCCGACACAGCCAACAGCAAGAAGAAAAAGAAAAACUGGUUGCGGAGUUCAUUCAAGCAGGCAUUCAGUAAGAAGAAGUCGCCAAAGUCUGCGUCUUCACACUCUGACAUCGAGGAGAUGACCGACUCUUCUCUCCCCUCCUCCCCUAAACUCCCUCACAAUGGAUCCACAACCUCCACACCACUGCUCAGGAACUCCCACUCUAAUUCACUAAUCUCUGACUGUUUGGAUGCAGAGGCAGAGACUGUGAUGCAGUUACGCAGUGAGCUCAGGGAGAAAGAGAUGAAAUUGACGGACAUCCGAUUGGAGGCACUUAGCUCCGCCCACCAGCUGGACCAGCUCCGCGAGGCCAUGAACCGCAUGCAGGUUGAGAUUGAGAAACUGAAGGCAGAGAAUGAUCGGCUGAAGCUGGAGACUCAGGGCAGCUAUAGCAGAGCCCCAUCCCAAGCCUCCAUCACGCACCCCACGGCCACUCCCACUCCUGGACUGUCCCAACACAGCAUCAACCUCACAGAGUCCACCAGCUUUGACAUGUUACUAGAUGAUGCUGGUGGAGAUGGCAGUUCUCGUAAGGAAGGCAGACAUGUGAAGAUUGUAGUCAGCCUACAGGACGACAUUACAUGGAGAGAGGACUGCAGAACACGAGACUUCCUGAUUGGCUGCAUUGGUGUCAGUGGCAAAACUAAGUGGGAUGUGCUGGAUGGUGUGGUCCAACACCUCUUUAAGGAGUAUAUCAGGCAUGUUGACCCAGUCAGUCAGCUUGGUCUAGGCUCUGAUAGUGUAGAGGGAUACCGCAUCGGAGAUAUCCAACGACCCUCCGCUGGAGCCAGCACCCCUGAGCUACUGCCUUGUGGAUACUUAGUGGGAGAGAAUGACACCAUCAACAUCUCUCUUAAAGGUGUGAGCUCUCAGGCGCCGGACUCUCUGGUCUUUGAGACAUUGAUCCCUAAGCCCAUACUGCAGCGCUACAUCUCUCUGCUUCAGGAGCAUCACAGGAUCAUCCUGUCUGGCCCCAGCGGCACAGGCAAAAGUUACCUUGCUGCCCGCCUGGCCGAGCAUUUAGUACUGCAGGAGGGCAAAGUGCCCGGGGAGAGUACCAUUGUCACCUUCAACGUCGACCACAAGUCUAGCAAGGAGCUGCGUCAGUAUUUGUCCAGUCUGGCAGACCAGUGCAGUACUGAUGGUCAGGAGGCCGAAGCCCCGCUCGUUCUUAUUCUGGACAAUCUCCAUCACGUCAGCUCUCUGGGAGAGAUCUUUAAUGGCCUGCUUAACUGCAAAUACCAGCGCUGCCCUUACAUAAUUGGUACAAUGAGUCAGGUUAUGUCUUCAACCCCCAACCUGCAGCUCCAUCAUAACUUCAGAUGGGUGCUGUGUGCCAAUCACAUGGAACCAGUGAAAGGCUUUCUGGGCCGUUUCUUGCGGAGAAAGCUUAUUGAGACAGAGAUUAGCAGCCGCACACGUAAUCAGGAGCUGGUGAAGAUCAUUGAUUGGGUACCACGCGUGUGGCAUCAUCUGAAUCGCUUCCUAGAGGCUCACAGCUCCUCUGAUGUCACCAUUGGACCCCGUCUGUUCCUGUCAUGCCCAAUGGAUGUUGAUGGUUCGAGGGUGUGGUUCACUGACCUGUGGAACUACUCCAUCAUCCCUUACAUGCUGGAGGCAGUCCGAGAGGGACUACAGCUUUAUGGACGGAGAACAGCAUGGGAGGACCCUGCACAAUGGGUGUUGGAGACGUUUCCAUGGGGAUCAAGCCCUCAGCAACCAGACUGGCCAUCGCUGCUGCAGCUCCGCCCAGAGGAUGUAGGUUUUGAUGGAUACUCCGCCUCCAGAGAGGGUCUCAACAAACAGUCCACACAGAGUGACAGUGAUGCCGACCCACUGAUGAACAUGCUCAUGCGACUGAAGGAAGCAGCGAACUGCUCCAGCCCUCAGAGUUACGACAGUGACUCCAAUAGCAACAGUCAUCAAGAUGACAUUCUGGACUCCUCACUUGAGUCCACGCUGUGA